AUGAGCUUCGGCUCGUGCAGUCGCCAUGUCCGCCUGUACUCACGGAUACCCCUCCCGCCCAGGCCUUCCCUCGCUCCAAUACCACGCCCACCACGCAUAGCCUCCGUAUACCCCUAUAGACUGCCCCCCAUCGCCCUCUUCUCGUCAUCAGCACGGAGAAGCACACCGCCACCGAAAACCACAUCUCCUCCCGCCACCACGCCUUCCCCCAACACGGCCAAACCCCCAGCCUCCGAGUCGCAGGACAAGACAGACUGGUCCAUCAUCGUCAAGCUCGCAGGCAAUAUCUGGCCAAAGAACAAUCCCGGCGUCAAGAUUCGCGUCAUUGCUGCUUUGUCGCUGCUCAUUGCUGGUAAAGUGCUCAAUGUGCAGGUGCCAUUCUUCUUCAAAGACAUUGUCGAUGCGUUGAACGUGCCCAUCACGGAUAAUACGACGGUCUGGGUCUUGGCUGGAGCCAGUAUAGCCGGGUACGGCGCCGCGCGAGUUCUCACCACGCUCUUUGGCGAGCUCCGAAACGCCGUCUUUGCCUCCGUCUCCCAAAACGCCAUUCGAAAGGUCGCCCGAGAAACAUUCGAGCACCUCCUCAACAUGGACAUGCAGUUCCACCUCUCCCGCCAGACCGGAGGCCUCACCCGUGCCAUCGACAGAGGCACAAAGGGCAUCUCCUUCAUCCUCUCUUCCAUCGUCUUUCACGUCAUCCCCACAGCGCUCGAAAUAUCCAUGGUGUGUGGUAUCCUGAGCUGGAAGUUUGGAUGGGACUUUGCAGCGGUAACGGCCAUCACCAUGGGGCUGUAUACCUGGUUCACAGUCAAGACGACGGCGUGGAGAACGCAGUUCAGGAAGCAGGCGAAUGCGGCGGACAACAAGGGUGCGACGGUGGCUGUGGAUAGUUUGAUCAACUAUGAGGCUGUCAAGGCAUUCAACAAUGAAAAGUAUGAAGUCGCGCAAUACGAUACGACCCUCAAGGGGUACGAAAAGGCGUCCAUCAAGAUUGCCACCUCCCUUGCCGCACUCAACUCGGGACAGAAUUUCAUCUUUUCCAGCGCCCUGACCAUGAUGAUGCUGCUCGGAGCUCAAGGAAUUGUCAAAGGCACAAUGACAGUCGGCGAUCUCGUCCUCGUCAACCAGCUCGUCUUCCAGCUCUCCCUCCCACUCAACUUUCUCGGUACCGUCUACCGUGAACUUCGCCAGUCGCUUAUCGACAUGGACGUCAUGUUCAACCUCCAAUCUCUCAACUCUGCCAUCGCCGACAAGCCCACCUCCAAGGAACUUUGCCUGAAGGGAGGUGAGAUUGAAUUCAAGAAUGUGGCGUUCGGGUACCACCCCGAGCGACCGAUCUUCAAAGACAUUUCGUUCAAGAUCCCAGCGGGUAAAAAGGUGGCUAUCGUAGGACCGUCCGGGUGCGGCAAGUCGACCGUCUUCCGUCUGCUUUUCCGGUUCUACGACUCUCAGUCUGGCCAGAUCCUCAUCGACGGGCAAGAUAUCAAAUCCGUCACCCUCUCCUCCCUCCGCCGCUCGAUCGGUGUCGUCCCACAAGACACGCCCCUCUUCCAUGCAGAUAUCUUGCACAAUAUCCGGUAUGGCAACCUCGGCGCGAGCGAUGAGGAAGUGUAUGAGGCGGCCAAGAAGGCGCAUGUGGAAGGCACUAUCGAGCGCUUGCCCGACAAGUAUCAUACAAAGGUGGGCGAGCGGGGAUUGAUGAUUUCAGGAGGAGAAAAGCAGCGGCUCGCCGUGGCGCGAGUCUUGCUCAAGGACCCACCUGUGUUGUUCUUUGACGAGGCCACAAGCGCGUUGGAUGUGUAUACAGAGACAGAAUUGAUGAGAAACAUCAACUCGAUAUUGACGGGGCAGGAAAAGACGAGUGUGUUUAUUGCGCAUAGACUGAGGACGAUAUCGGAUGCGGAUCUGAUCAUCGUGCUCCAAGACGGCAGAGUCGCCGAGCAGGGAACACACGAACAGCUCCUUGCGCACACUGGUGGUGUAUACCAAAAACUCUGGCAAGCUCAGCUUUCAGAGAGUACCCAGCCGACAGAAGAAGAAAAGGAAAAGAUGGACGAGCUGGAGGUGGUCGAAGAGAAGAAGCCUUAG